AUGUGGCCAUCAUUUCCACAAGCUCACGUUCUCCAGAAUUGGAAAGCAGAGAACGUCGGUCCUGGAGUGUUGGGCAGCUGGCGAGGACACAUGAAUGUGCUCCAAAAAAUCGUGAAUGAGAAUAUCCAGACCGCUCUCAUCUGGGAAGAUGACGCGGAUUUCGAUCCAGCCUUGAGAUACCAGCUCCAACAGUUCGCCUCCGGCACCAAAGCGCUCCUGCGUAGAACCUCAUCACCCUCUCCCCCUUCCCCGUAUGGCAGAGGCUGGGACUUCCUCUGGCUCGGCCACAGCAAACUCGGACCCUCGGACAACCAAACGGAAUUCUACGUCCUCGAAAACGACUCCACCGCACCCGCCGUGCGAAACCGUUACGGGAAAUGGUGGAACCACAAGCACUCUCCGCCAGAAGCCUCCGAGGAUAGCACGCGCCUGAUCUUCAAAGCAGGGAACGGGGGCGUGGGAAUGUAUGCCUACGCAGUAACCUACGAAUCCGCACGCAAAGCCCUCGUAGCACUCUCCGUGAUCCCCCGAGACGGAGCCGUCGAUGUUGCGUACCGGAAUUUCUGCAAAGGAGCUUUCGGGAUUGAGUUUGCGUGUUACGGGCCUUUCCCGACGUUGGUAGGCACGCAUAGGGCUGCCGGUUGGGCGGAGAGGUUGAGCGAUAAUAAUGUUGGGGAGAAGGGGAGAUGGGUCGAUGAGGCGACUGUUGAUGUCAAGUUCUCCACAAUGUUGAAUUUGCAGAGAUUGGCGAAUGAGGAUGGGUUUGUGGAGGCUCAAUGGGCUGGGGAAGAUGGGAAGAAGGAGUUGAGGCUGGUCAAUGGGCCCUUGAAUGGUGCCAUGGGUGGCUUGAGAGAAAUCGAUCUAUCGAGUGCACCGCCUCCAAGUUGGAUGCCGAGUGAUGCGAGAUAG